GGUUACCUGGUGACAAACCGGCUCACGUAUAGAUCACGAUAGUUUUCUCCGGCCAGUUAAAACGACUAGAGCCGUUCUUGUUCUCUGUGCCGACUCCCGUUCUUUGCUCCGUUCUUGUCCUCUGUUCCGACUCCCGUUCACUGCUCAGGGGUGCAACCUUUUUUAGGGUUUCCAGCCAUUCAAUUAAGCUUUUGCAGCGCCUUCCUCAAAUAUGAAGUUGGUAACAAGGGAAAGGGAGAAGUUGGCCCUCCAUAAUGCUGGUUUCCUAUCGCAGAAACGUCUUGCUCGUGGCCUGCGACUGAAUUACACGGAGGCCGUUGCGCUGAUUGCGACUCAGAUUUUGGAGUUUGCUCGUGAUGGAGACAAGACUGUUACAGAUUUGAUGGAUAUUGGAAAACAACUCUUGGGAAGGAAGCAGGUUCUUCCAGCCGUUCCACACCUUGUAGACACUGUUCAGGUUGAGGGAACCUUUUUGGAUGGAACCAAAUUAGUCACCAUACAUGAUCCAAUUGCUUCAGAGAAUGGAAAUCUUCAGCUAGCAUUAUAUGGCUCAUUUCUACCUGUUCCUUCAUUUGAUUUGUUUGCUGGGAACGUGAAUGGUACUUUACCUGGUGAAAUCCUUUGUGGCUCUGGGAAUAUUGCACUAAACUUGGGAAGAAGAUCUGUUAUGCUGAAAGUUGUAAAUAAGGCAGACAGACCCAUUCAGGUUGGGAGUCAUUAUCAUUUUAUUGAAGUGAACCCAUAUUUAUUUUUCGAUAGAAGAAAAGCUUAUGGGAUGAGAUUAAAUAUACCAGCAGGAACAGCCAUUCGAUUCGAGCCAGGGGAUGCCAAGGUUGUUAAGCUUAUCAGCAUUGGUGGGAAGAAGGUUAUCAGAGGUGGAAAUGCAAUUGUAGAUGGUGCUAUUGGUAUUGUCCAGCUUGACAUGGUCAUGGAUGUUGUUAAAGCACGGGGAUUUGGAAAUAUAGAUCAGCCUGAGGCCAGAUCAAAAUGUUUCCAGCCUGUCUUUCCUUUCGCAUCAAUCCCUCCUUUGCUUUCUUCUUUACACAAUCCACGAAGCCUCAACCCUAUCUGUUCGCACCUCCCUUGUAGACCCCGUGUAAUCCCGAGCCUUUUUCUCGUUCCCAAUCAUAGAAGAUCGCGCUCUCCUCCGAAGUGCUGCUCUACCUUCGCCGAUCACAAAAUAGACGCUAGAAUCAAUCCUUUCCCUCUACCGUGCCUCCUAAGUAGUGCGAUCGAACCUCCCAAUGUUCACACGCUGCUUGAUCUUCUUUUCCCUCACAAGCACGAGCUUUCCCCUUCCUUUUCUUUCAACUGUUUUUCUGCACCAAAGUCAUGCUCGAGCUUAGAGGAGCACCGGUGCCGAUCUUACACGUUCCUUGGGACUCACAAGCUCCCUGUGUUCAAGCCUUUCCACGGGGGAGUUGUCGCCAAUUUUCACAGGAUGUUUUUGAAAGGGAUGGAGCUUUGGGACCAUAUUGAUGGAUCUUAUCCGACACCUACAGAGUUGAAUGAUCUUUGUCAGUGGGAGGCAAAGGAUGCUUGGAUUGUUUCAUGGAUUUUGGGGUCUAUUAAGGUUGAUAUGGAUGUGUCGGGGAAGGUUAUAUUGAAGGAGCCUAAGCAUCAUCUUUCGACAUGUGAUACUGUUUUACGUCAUCACUUUGAUGAUUCUUCUUUUGAUAAAUGGUUCAAGCCUGACCUUGUCUACACACGACACCUGCUCCCUUCACCUCCAGUCCUUCCCGACUCUGCUCCUGAAAAUGCUCUAAUGAUUGUUCGAAGAUCAACUCACAUUUUUCCUUGGGAUAGAAAUGACUAUUCUGCAAUUUUAACUAAUACUACAGUUCUUACCUCUUAUUCUCAGACUGCUAAACAGACUUGUUGGAUAAAGAGGUGUUACAAUCUUGACUUAUGUGGCUUGGCAUUCAUCCUCUGCUGCUUUGUGUGCUUAGUUGAGCUACCUUCCUUUGGUAUCACAACAAUGGUGGGAGGUGGGACAGGACCUGCUGAUGGUACUCGUGCGACCACCUGUACACCUGCUCCAUUCCAUAUGCAAAUGAUGCUGCAGUCAACUGAUGAUUUGCCAAUAAAUAUUGGUUUCACAGGCAAGGGUAACACUGCAAAACCAGAUGGAUUAGAGGAGAUCAUAAAGGCUGGAGCUAUGGGUCUAAAGCUGCAUGAAGAUUGGGGAAGCACGCCUGCGGUAAUUGACAAUUGCUUAGCUGUCGCAGAACAUUUUGAUAUUCAGGUCAAUAUCCACACUGACACUUUAAAUGAAUCUGGGUGCGUGGAACACACUAUAGCCGCAUUUAAAGAUAGAACAAUACACACGUACCACAGUGAAGGUGCUGGCGGUGGUCAUGCUCCAGAUAUCAUUAAAGUAUGUGGUGUAAAAAAUGUUUUGCCUUCGUCAACAAAUCCAACCAGACCUUUUACCAGAAAUACAGUAGACGAGCACCUUGAUAUGCUGUUGGUUUGCCAUCACCUGGAUAAGGACAUUCCUGAAGAUGUAGCGUUUGCUGAAUCACGUAUACGAGCAGAAACAAUUGCGGCAGAAGACAUUUUGCAUGACAUGGGAGCCAUUAGUAUCAUUUCUUCUGACUCGCAAGCAAUGGGCCGUGUUGGAGAGGUGAUUAUUCGGACAUGGCAAACUGCUCACAAAAUGAAACUGCAGAGAGGAAGAUCAAUCGAGCCAGCAGGGUCAGAUAAUGAUAAUUUCCGAAUUAAGCGCUUCAUAGCAAAAUACACCAUAAAUCCAGCAAUUGCUAAUGGAUUCUCACAACAUGUUGGCUCAGUUGAGGCUGGGAAAUUUGCUGAUCUUGUUAUGUGGAAGGCAUCUUUCUUUGGUGCAAAACCAGAAAUGGUGAUUAAAGGUGGUGUUAUUGCGUGGGCCAACAUGGGUGACCCGAAUGCUAGUAUCCCAACUCCACAGCCGGUUAUGAUGAGACCAAUGUUUGGUGCGUUCGGCAAAGCAGGGAGCUCUAAUUCUAUCGCUUUUGUUAGCAAGGCUGCUAAAAAUGCUGGUAUUGCUCAAGAGUAUGGUCUUCACAAAAGAGUUGAAGCCGUUGGUAAUGUUCGUAGCCUAACAAAGCUUGAUAUGAAGCUCAACGACGCACUGCCGAUCAUUGAAGUCGAUCCGGAGUCCUACAGAGUUACAGCUGACGGCGAGAUUCUCCAAUGCGACCAAGCAUCAAACGUUCCCUUGUCCAGGAAUUACUUCCUCUUCUAACUUCUAAUUGAGUUUGAUAUUCUUUGCUGGUACCAAGGCACCAUCACUCUUCAUGAAGUCGUGAAUAAUAUUGCUAUCCACGCCAUUGAUUGCCGACUAGUCAUAUGGAUGCAAAUUCAUGUUUCUCCGCAAGUUUGAAAUAAAAUUUACUCGAAGGAAAAAGUAUUUUAGCCAUUAAUUUGAAGUUUUUUUAAAGUUGCAGAUUCUGAAUAAAUGAAGCUUCAAUUCAGGAAGGUACUGUCGUGUGCCCAACUGUAAGUUAAUGUCUUUAAAAAAUUUAAAAAAAAAAGAAAAAUUUCCAGCAUUCUGAGUUCCCUUUGUUAUGCCCGGCUUUUAUAGGGUUUUUUU